CUGACUUAUUUUUAGAAUAGAUUUUUUCUCUAAUAUAUAGUCAUUGCGAAAUCGCGAUUUUGGAUGCAGUGCAGAGCUUCCGCUUCCUGAAAAAUAACAGGGGAGGGCGGGGAACAGGAAAAUGUACCGGGCAAUCGACAUAGGUAUACAAUGUAAAAAAUAUAAUCACCAUUUAUAUUAUAGUGGCGUAGUCGUUAGCGUAAAUGAAAUUGUUGACCGACGUCGCGAUAAUACAAUAAUUGGUAUUAUUCGCAAUUCUUACCUGUUUUUAUUCAUUUAUUUAUUUAAUUUCUAUUUUUUUUCUCUUCUCUCUUUUUGUCAAAGAACCGAACAAACAAACGUGUGCAAACUUACAACGUCUGCCUGAGUAACGUCUACUUUUGCUCAUCCACGUAUAAUAUAUAGAUACGAGUAAACAUACAAUACAAUACUUGCAUGUCAAUUCAGAGUCUGCUAUGAAACGAAAGGGGGGAAACCGCUAACCGGUUUUUAAAGCCAACUUCCAGCGGUUUUUCGAGUCGAUUACGCGCGAGCCCAGUGAGUCAAAUUAUUCCGGAUAUACGUAUGACGUAGAAAAAAAAAAAAAAAAAAAAACCUAGUUCAAUUUCGUAGUAAUUGAAAUAUUUUCACAUUUUGUGGACGUGAAUGAAAAUAAUGAACCGUGUAAAUUGAACGAGAGGAAACAAGCUGGAAAAAAAAGUAAACAAAAAAGUGGCAAUUUCGAAUAAAACAAUGCCGCAGUUAAUUGUGAGGAAAAGUAAUAGACAAUUGCAACGGUAUUGACGGUACAUGACGUAUCGUCGGACACUAGAUUCGCUUGUAAAAUGAAAAAGCAAUGAGAAAAAAACGGUCAGUUGGGAUUCGCGAGUGACGAUGGGGCCCAAGUCAUGUCCGCGUUAUUAUACCUGGUAUUGGGUAUCCAACUGUAUAACUCCCACUUUACCUCACCGUACGUUUGGCUUACCUGGUUUUCCUUGAUCUGCAAAGUGAACCUCCUGUCCACAGCCUUGCCCGUCGUUCCAGUCUGGUUAAAGUUUGGCAAAGUAAGGAACGUGGUCAGUCAAUCGAAAAAUUUACACAAUUGUAUCGGAGUUUCACCGCGUUCGUAAAACUCCCCGCGAUCACGUUCGUGCAAAGUUAUCUCAUGCUUAGACGGAUCGUUAUCGUUUGGUAAAACGAUCGCGAAUAUAAAAUAAUCGGUCCGACAAACGACGCACGAUUAUUUUUCAUUUGACAAUCAGUGCAAGUGUAGACCAAAUGAUAAUCCCACCUUCUUCGUGGCUGGAUUACGUGACGAAUCUCGACCGUCCUGACGGUCGUCGAAUUAAUAAUCGACGGAGUAAAUUGUUCCCGUGUUAUUAUUUUGGUCAGAAAAAAAACGACAUGGUUCCAGCCCUGGAUUGGCCCGUGCAAUCCACACCGGGAUACGCGAUCUACGAAAAAGAAGAACCGAUCGAUGCGAAAUUGGGGGGGUUUUCCAAGUUACUCGGAUUGGCACCCGGGCUAGGACAACGUGUUCAUUUCGAGGAGGGGUUACGAGAGCAACUCCGCUUGAAAGCUAGUAUCGAGGAACAGGACAGUUGGACAGGCGAAGAAGAUUACCGUAAGGGUCGCUAAAGGGGCGACUUACUCUCCGCAGCGGAGUAAGCCGCGUCGAGGUGUUGCAGUAAAAAGGGUAGAGGAGGUGCGCGGUGAAAAC